AUGGUCGCCCCAGUGGAUGGUCCUUCAGCAGCCCCUGGAACAGGAUUUGAGGUUGGCAAGCACAACACUGCCCUCCAAGCCCACGUCGCCUUUUUCGACAGGGACGAUGAUGGUAUUAUUUGGCCUGGUGAUACAUAUAGAGGAUUUCGAGAACUCAAGUUCGGCGUGUUGCUCUCCAUUCUGGCGAUGCUUGUUAUUCAUAGCGGGUUCUCUUACAUAACCUGGGGAAGCAUCCUUCCCGACCCUUUUUUCCGCUUGAAAGUAAAGUACAUGCAUAGGGCAAAGCAUGGAUCAGAUUCUGGUGUCUACACCACACUCGGCGAGUUCGAUGACAAUAGGUUCGAAUACAUUUUCAACAUGUAUUCCACUGAACCGCAUACCCACCUUACGUUCACUGAGGGUGUCAGAAUGGUUCACGGGAAUCGAAACCCAUACGAUCCUUUUGGCUGGUUUUCUGCCGUGUUUGAAUGGCUUUCUACAUAUCUCCUCCUUUGGCCAGUCGAUGGUCGAGGCAUGAGAAAGGAGGAUGUGAAAGCUAUCUAUAAUGGAUCGUUGUUCUAUAGAGUUUCUGGCAAAAAGCCAAAGUAUUAA